UAGGGCGGGUUUAAGUAAUGAAUCAAUGAUAGAUACUAGUCAGAUACAGCCAUUUUUGUUGUAGGUUUUAUUUUUUAAUGGGAAAAGGGUAAAGUCAACGUGAAUUGAUUAACCAUUUCCACAGUUUUUCUGAUGUUUAUGGGCUAUCCACCGAUUUUAUUUGUUUUUUUUUUGUAUCGGGGGUGUUUUAUCGGUUAAAACCGAAAAUCAGAAGCCCAAAUUAUAAGCAAUACAAUAAUUAAAUCGCGUCUGUGAAAGCUAAUCCUGGAACAACACUUCAUUUGGCAGCAACCUACAGUACAGGUCAGCUUGGAAAGACAGCAAACAAGUCCCUUAAAUAAUAUAUUUAACAAAACGCUACAUAUUAUAUUAAGGAUUAUUAUAAUCACCGUUGUAAGUACCAAUCCGAGAACACAAUUGUGGUUUUGCUGAAAUCAAAGUAUAUAUUUUUUUCGUUUUCUCUCUUCUCAUUCGUAUUCCAAAAUCAAUUUGGCAGAACCCAAUGCGAGAUUUUAAAGUGCAACCCGGAAGCGCAAUUCAGAAGGAGGCUUUCGUUACCACACAGUGAUUGCAGCGGGCAGCAACUGAGCACCCCAGUAAACAAUGCAGAGGUUUAAUCGGGUUCUCCUCAGAACCGGCAUUCUGGGUUCCCGGUUGUACUCCAGUUACGUCUCACGGAUGCGCUAUUUGUUCACAUUGAAGGAGGAGGAUGAGGCGUGCCGCAAGGCGAUGGACUCUGGCAGUAUCUACCUCUUCCACAAGCUGGCGCCACUGCUUCAGAAAGCAGAGUAUGAUGGAUACACAACUCCAGCAAUGCAGGCUUCAGACCUGAAGGGGAUUCUGGGAAAGCUGGGUCAGAAUGAAGACCUUCUGCAGGAGUCUAUUCUGAUUGGCUGUUCGGAGAGCCAUGUGACUCAGUUUGCUCUGGACCUCGGGGUACUGGAGAAAGAGAGCGUGGAGUCACAGGUUACUGGCAAGUUCGUGGAAUUGAGGAAGGCCUUCUUUCUCCUAAACGGACAUGAUCUUCCACUGAUAUCCCAGAGCCAGGCCCUGCUCCGCUGGCACCAGACCCACAGGUAUUGCAGCGAGAGCGGGCAGCUCACCCAGAGGAACCAGGCGGGCAGCAAGCGGUUGUGCCACGCCAAUGGGGCCAUCUACUAUCCACAGAUGGCGCCGGUGGUGAUCACCCUGGUGUCAGACGGUAGCCGGUGCUUGCUUGCACGACAGGCAUCCUUUGCCAAAGGAAUGUACAGCGCCCUGGCUGGGUUCUGUGAUGUAGGUGAGACGGUGGAGGAGACAGUGCACCGGGAGGUGGCGGAGGAGGUAGGUCUCGAGGUGGAGUCUCUGUGGUACACAGGCUCCCAGCACUGGCCUUUUCCAAACAGCUCUCUCAUGAUGGCCUGCCACGCUACUGUCAACCCCGGACAAACCCAGAUCAGUGUGAACAGUGUGGAGCUGGAGGAUGCUCGCUGGUUCAGCGCAGGAGAGGUGAGGGAGGCUCUGGAGCGGAAGAGACCGCCGAGGGAGCGAGCUGGCAGGGCCACGCCAGUCUGGGUCCCUCCCCGCACAGCCAUAGCCAAUCAGCUCAUCCGGGAGUGGGCCAAUCAACAACCCAAAUAGCAGCAAUGUUGUAUGGUUACAGCGUGGAUUACAGGGAGUCAGUGAGGGGUUAAUGUCUAAGGUUGGAGGUAGGGCUUACUUUAUCGGGUCUCAGACACAUGGAAAAACUAUAUCAGUAAAGAAAAUGACAGGCUAUAUGUUCUAAUUAAAAGACUUCACAAACUAAGCAUUAGCAUCACAGGGUCAUAAACAGAGACAUUACCAGACCAAACCCCUGUUGGUUUUCCAGUAGAGUUAGAUGUAAAAGUUGCUGCACAUGCAUUAAAGACAGCAGCUGUUAACCCUUUUUACCCCAUAAUACAAACCAAGUUAAACCCCACAACAAGCAUGGGGGCACACAGGAGAAAAAAGGGUUAAUAUCGCUAUAGCUCCACCACCUAUCCUUACAUAUCAUUCUGCACUGGUUUUUAAUAAAUACCUCAGAUUACAGUAAAAAAAUAUAUAUUAUUUUUUUUUUUAAAUGAAACGCAUUUUUUUAAAUGUACAUAAUUCUUAGUUUUAUGAACUUUAAUAAAAAUAAAAAAUAUAUACAAAAAACAA